CCCUGAAGGACCCUGAAGGCACCUCUCGUGCCGCAGACGGAGCGCGAGCCGUUUUCGGAAUCCGGAAAUGAUGAGAAAUGUUUCGGAGGGAAAAGGAGCGAGUUUUUUUUUUUUUUCUCUCUGAGGAAACGAGAAAACGAGUGGUCUGAGAAGAGAAGAAAGAAAGGGAGUGACUUCUUUGCAGAUUUGCGAUGGUAGGAGGAUAGCCAGGGCACACGACGAGGAGAGAUAAGAAGUUUGCCUUGCGUGGAGAAGUGGUGAGAGAAGCGAGAGCGAGCGGGGCGGCGGAGUUUCGCUGAGGAGAAGGAAGGAUGGGAAGGAGUCGCAGCUGAACUUGAAGCUGACAUGUUGGAAAGGAACGCGGGCUGAGUGCUGCGCGCGGACUGUGUCGUACCUGACGAGCGCUCUCUCAUGUCGCAGGACCCGCGCGCGCCUUCCGAAGGGCCUCGCGGGCCCGACAGGGAGGUGGAGCGCGAGAGGAGCCCGUUUCUUCCUCGUGGUCACGAUGCAGUCGACUUGCCAGUGGACUCCCAGAAGCCGGAGGAAGUCGCAGAAAGUCAGUCUCCCACAGAGCAAUGUGGCGAAGGUCAUGUGACCGAGGAACAUUCCAGCACAGAUGACCUCAUUAGAACUCAACCUCCGCGACUGGCCCCGGUGAAUGCCUCCGUGCCGGCCCAGGAGCCUACUGAGGAAGAGGUCGAUCGGCUGCAAAACGGCCGUGCUGCCCUGAGCAAUGGCGGCGGGGUGGCUCACGAGGCCCGGAGGCAGCCGUCGCCUGUGUCCCACCGGGUGCAACGCAAACUCCAGUCCAGCCUGUCUGUCAGCAGCCACAACAGCAGGAAGAGCAAAGUCAGUUCUACUGGCUCCAACAAAGCCUCCUCCCCUGAAGACUGCUGUGUGCACUGCAUCCUGGCCUGCCUGUUCUGCGAAUUCCUCAGCCUUUGCAACAUGGUGGUGGCACAGGCCUCCUGUGGUGGCUGCAGCCCGGAAGCCUGCUGCUGCUGUUGCUGUGCAGAUGACCUGGGGGAUGACUGCAACUGCCCCUGUGACAUGGACUGCGGCAUCAUGGAUGCUUGCUGUGAGUCAUCCGACUGUCUGGAGAUCUGCAUGGAGUGCUGCGGCAUUUGCUUUCCCACGUAGAGGGGAUGGGCACAUUGUUCAUACACACAUGCAGCCACAGAUACACGCAGACCUACCAUCUUGCCAGCCAUGCCCCGUCACCAGGAAUCCAGGGGAACCCUGUUUUCUAAGUAUCUAAGACUAGUGUGCAGUUUCUACAAGAUUUACUCAGAAUUGUGCCCCAGAUAUUUGUGAAUGGCUUUUUGUAUGUUGAAUAUUGUGAUGUUGGUAAAUAUCCAAUUUUUUUAAGCAGAUACUGUAUAAUUCAGAAAAAUGGCUUUGUUUGCAGUGGUAAUGUGUGUGUAUAUGCUGCAGCAGCGCUUUACCUUAAACUGCAUCUUUAAGAUAUAUUUGUAGAAAUGUUAAUCACAAAGUCAAAUUCAGACUACUGUUACAUAAUGUUGUGACCGCACAAUUGGGACCAGAGGCUGAUUUGCAACUUUAUUUGUCCGUAAAGCCAACCAACAUAUCUCGAUCGCUAAAAGCUUUUAGCAUAGAUAUCACUUAAUUUGUUCAUGGGUUAGGUUCUUUAAAAACCCAGCUAAGAAUGUAAUCAAAAAUUCAUUGUGGGACUUCCAUUUAUUCAACUGUCCUUAAUCUCUUGUUCUAUGCAGGGUUGCUGGGUUUCAGAGCCUAUUUUGGAAAUGAAGUGAGACAGGGUGCACCCUGGAUGGGACACAAGUCCAUCACAGGAUUUGAACUUGAAAUAACAUUGAAACUAAGUUCACUUUAAAAUGAUAAAGUAUUUCCACAAUCCCCUGUUCAGUGUUUACUGAUUCAGCUGAUUCAUAAAUAUACAGUUAUCAGCAUUUGACCAUGUAUUUUUUUUUUAUAAAUUACCUAUGCAGUCAGUGAAAGCAUAUCAGAUUGAUUUGCUGAAAUGUUUUUAACACAGACAUACAUUAAAACUAAUUUAAAGUGAACUGAAAAGUGUCUUCACAAACUUCUAUUAAAUGUUAAUCGUUGACUGGUUUAUCCCAUAAACUUAUUACUGAUCAGACAAUCACGAACCCCAGACAUGAGUUUUAAGGAAUUUAGUUGAAUGAAGAUGGUCCCACAGUCGUGUUUUAUUUCUUGGGUGUCUUAUAGUGUAAAGAAAGAUAUGGGCACAAAAGGUCACUUUUGGUCAGCACCAAAGAAUUUUUUUUAAAACGUGAAGAAAAUACAAUAGAAAUCAAUCUGAAAAUUGUUUCUAUAAAAAAUUUGUAGCAUAACACAAGGGCCCAGUGUAAAAUGAUACUGAAAAAUGAUUAAGCAAGACACAAAGUGGGUCCUCUUCAGUGAUCGAAACCUAAAAUAUCUUGACAGUUUAGGAAUCUGCGAUACUGUAUCCCAAUCUAGACUGUUAUUCAAAAAUCAGGGUUGAAAAUUGGUAUUAGUCUUGGACUGUUUCUGUUAAAA